UGAUACCGUUGCCCACACGAGGAAGGAUAACACCGUUUUCAUAUGUGCCAAAGGAAACGUACCUCGAGGCUGCACAGGUUUCUGCUGGUUGGGUGACAUCGCGGGGCUCGUUACCUGGUACAUGCCAGCCUGAUGGCUGCAAAGACCGAAAACACACGUCAAAGCAUUCCAACCCUCCCCGAGGUGGAAAAGAAAGAUCACUCUAUCAAAGCUGUCACUGCUGCUGCGGAAUGCGCAGUCUGUCACGACUUUCGGCUGCCAUCGGGGCUUGACAUGAGACUCAGUGCCAUCCGCCACUCUGCCACGGGGGGUUGCUUUUAUUGCAAUAUCCUCUUGCAGGCUGUGCAUCGACUUCACAAUGAAGGCAAGAGCGCGGCGGGGCUACUCGAGUCAACGGACGAAGAUGCCGGAAUUACGGUCAUUUAUGAAGCGCCCUGGCCACGCUUGCAGGUUGCUUUGAAUGCUCGCCGGGAGCAGAAAGUGGAGUUAUUCCGCCUGCCUGGAACCCGUGAGCCUUGGUUUCCAUGCGAAUCUGCGCAUCCUGUUUCUGGCAACACACGGAUUAACUGUCGCCUUCCUUGGGUGCAAAAAUUGCUGCACGACUGCCAAAGAAAUCACGUCCGUUGCCAGCCGCCCGAUUCACCAACAAUCGAACCGCCUGCUAUGCCCUCAAGGCUCAUCGACGUAACGCCCUUAGACGAGUCGCGGUCCGUCAAAGUUGUGGAGUCUAUCGGCCUAAGAGAACCUUACUUAUGCUUAAGUCAUUGCUGGGGCGUGUCUUCAGUGCCAUUAUCGACGACGAACCUAAAUCUGCAUAACUACUUACACCGCAUUGAAUGGUCCAGCCUCCCAAAGACCUUCCAGGAUGCUAUCGACUUCGUUCGCCUCCUAGAGCAACGCUACCUCUGGAUCGACUCGUUAUGUAUCGUUCAAGACGAUCCCAACGAUUGGGAACGAAACUCAAUUCAAAUGGCGAGCAUUUACCAGAAUGCUUACCUGACUCUUGCUGCAACCAAGGCUAGGAGCAGCGAAGAGGGAUUAUACAAUGCGGCGAACAAAUUUGACGCAAUACCGUUGUCGGCUUUAGCGAAGAACGGGCGAAUACAAUCUGUGCUAUGCCGCAGAGCAGUUCACCAUUGGUAUCAAGGAGAACACUCGCCGGGCAGUAUGACACGAUGGCUUUUCGCACCGGUAUUUGUAUCGAAACAUUUUCCGCUGUUGGAUCGCGCGUGGGUCUUACAGGAGAGAUUGCUGUCACCUCGAAUCCUACAUUUCGGCCCCGCUGAGCUGCUAUGGGAGUGCUGCGAACGUUUCACUUGCGAAUGCCGAGAUGCAAUCGACGACCGGGCGGCAGAGAGUUACCCCAAGGUGCAGCAUAGCCAAUCCUUAAGUACGGCUUCGUCUAUUACUGCUCCGGCGAUGUGGCGUAAUAUAGUGCAGAUAUACACCCACCUUGGCAUCACAUACCCUAAAGACCGUCUACCCGCAUUACAAGGUAUAGCGAGUCAACUGUUCCAAGACGAAACGGCCUCCAAGGUACUCUCCGGCUUGUGGGAAGAGACGUUAGUUCUAGAUCUGCUCUGGAGGUCAAAGUACCAUCCUAGCGAAUCAAGGAUGGGAAGCCAACGGCAUGCUCCUUCCUGGUCUUGGGCUAGCAUGGAAUCGGGGGUCUACUACGAUCUCGACACAACGAGUGCCACUGAGCACGCCUCGAUCCAGGGGUUCCAGGUUGAGAAAGUUCAGCAUGAUAAUCGCACAAUAGUGGCAGCAAGGUCUAUUGACGUGUCUGCGCUCGUACUACCCGGCAAGGUCUUUUACGGCACUUCUGACAACACUCCUGACGCUACUUCUGAUGACACUUCCGACAGGGCGCGCCUCUUCGACCGUACGGCAGCGCUCCUGUUUGACCAUGCUUGCCAGCUUGCUCCAACAAAAACGAUUGAUGGCCUAGUGCACAAGGAGUUCUACCCAGACUGGAACUAUAGCAAACAGGGCAAGUACCACAUACCACUUGGUACUAUGCUGUAUGGUGUUCUCAUAGCCACGAUUUACUCAACAACGGAAAUCCGCGAAUGGGGCCUGGUCAUCAAGCAUUCUGACAAUGGCAGAAGGAAAUUCGAGCGCGUGGGCUGCUUCUUUCGGGCACAUCCCGUCAAGGAGCCUUAUGAUUCUCACGAACCUCGUAAACCGGCUGACGGCCCAGUGGUCUCUCUUCAGGAAAUGUUCUCAGGGGCGGAAAGGACCACUGUUACGCUCGUAUGAUAGCAUUGCGUCACAGGGGUUCCCUUUUAAACAUACUUCUUUUCGUGCUUGUGGCGCUGCCGCGCGCUUUCGGACUCGCUAGGCCUCCGAUUGGGAAUUUCUAGCAUUUCUUUCUCUUUUGCCGCAGAUCAAUGAGCGCAUCAAAAAAGGGAGCGUGGGUCUCAAAGGAUCGUCUCCUUUUGCACCAUAGGUUAGUGAGCAUCAUAAAGCAUACCGGGGAGGGUACCUUGGAG